AUGACAACCACCGACUAUUUUGCUAAACCCUCUUUCUUCUUCUUAGUCGGCAACCUCAACUUCUUUUGUUGCUUCGGCUCAACACUAACCGCCGCCGCUUCCCUAGCUUAUGUCGCUCGAGUUUUAACGAGCACGUGCACGACGUACUCAAAAUUCGUUCAAAUUGGGGACAGAACAAAUGGAAAUGGAAUAAGCCCUAAGUUGGAAAUGAGGAUGAUGACGCGUGAUUCACAUCAGAUUUACCCUUUGAAAAUCGUAACAAGUCUUCCAGUCCGGAGGACACUUUCCGUUCCCUACAACAAUCGAUCGACAUCUGAGACUUCAAGCGAAAAGAUUUUGAGGCGUCAACUUCUGCUUCCGGAUCUGCAUAUAGCCAACCAUGAGACGGAGCUUGGGAAAGCUUUCACAACCUGGCGGGGCCGAGGAUCUGAUUUCCCCAAGUUCGGUGUCAUAGAUUCUGUUCCUGGUAAGAAUGAGCCGCCAACUCCUGAAGACAAGAAACCCUUCUCCCCUCCACUCGGUCGUGGUCAUGGUCAUGGUCGGGGCAAACCUCAAUCUUCUUCUUUUGGAGCGUCAGGUGUCAAUACUGUCACUGGUCGUGGUCGUGGACAAACGACACCUGUCCCACCUUCUCAAUCUGAUGAUACUUCACAACCUAAGAGACCUAUAUUCUUUCGCAAGGACGGAGACGUAAUUUUACCUCCAAAAGCAGAAACCCAAGAGAAGACUAAGACUAAUCUCCCAUCAAGCAUUUUGUCGGUUUUAUCCGGUGCGGGUCGUGGAAAGCCCGCCCAACCAACAGCAAAUGUUGGCACUGAAAAGGGCGAGGAAGUAAAUCGCCAUAUCAAACCCAGACAACAACAACAACAACAAGCAGUAGUAAAGCCUCGGUCAAGUUCCCCUAAAAUGAGUCAAGAGGAGGCGAUCAACAAGGCUAGGGGGAUACUUUCAAGGGGCGGUGAUGUGGUCGGUGAAGAUGGUGGAGGGUUUAGAGGAGCGGGUGGUCGUGGUAUGGGAGGUCAACGAGGAGGUUGGACUGGAAGGGGGAGGGGGAGAGGUAGGGGUAGGGGUAGGGGGAGAGGAAGGGGAAUGUCUGAGUUUGAUGAGAAUGAGGAAGAUGAGGAAGAAACAGAGCUUGACAAAGUGAAUGCUGAAAAGCUUGCUAAAUAUCUUGGUCCUGAGAAGUUUGACAUUUUGACUCAAGCAUUUGAAGAAGCCAGCGCGAAUGUGUUACCCUCUCCUGAAGAAGAUGCCCAUGUGGAUGCAAUGCAUACCAAUCUUUUGUUGGAGUGUGAAGCAGAAUACUUAAUGGCUGAGUUUGAUUCGAAUCCUGACAUUGAUGAGAAGCCUCCUUUACCUCUUCGAGAUGCUCUUGAGAAAAUGAAGCCCUUCCUAAUGGCUUAUGAAAAUAUUCAAACCAACAAAGAGUGGCAGGAUGUUGUGGAAGAGACGAUGAAGAAUGUGCCUCUAAUGAAAGAACUUGUGGAGUUCUAUAGUGGGCCCAACACUAACAGGGUGACUGCUAAAAAACAAGGGGAGGAGCUUGAGAGAGUUGCAAAUACUCUGCCUGCAACUGCACCUGCCUCUGUCAAGCGAUUUACUGAUCGAGCUGUUCUCUCUCUCAAGAGCAACCCAGGUUGGGGAUUUGAUAAAAAAUGUCAGUUUAUGGAUAAGUUGGUUUCCGAGGUUUCACAGACUUACAAAUGAAUCAGUCACACAGACACAGACAAACAUUACUACUACUACUUAUGGCCAAUGCCAUGCAUCCGCAAAGGGUCUCAUCUCAUGAGUUUGAUUCCUCCUUUUUUUGUAUGCUGAAUUUGAUAGUAACUCCAUGAUUUUUGUUCCUGGUACUACUUAAAAAAAAAGUUAAUGGACUGUUUCUUUUCCACACUUAAUGUGUUUGAUGGGGUAAACACUUGAUUUAGAUGACUAUACAUGAUCGUUUCUUUUUUACUUAAUCUGG